UAUCAACUUUUAUUAAUCCUUGGCCUGGUUGGCAUCACAGAGAGCGAGCUUCAUGCUUCAUCCAUCGCAUCGGCCACAGUCCGGCGCAGAUCUCGGAUGCCUGCACUGCACUGCCUGGCCCACCAAUGAUGACGCGGCUGAACACGGGCAGCGUGGCUGUGGGCUGUGGCUUGGCAUCCAUCUUGGCGCCACUAGGCCCAGACGCGGAUUAGUCAUUCGCUCCUCCAACGCUAAUAAUAAUCUCCCGCCAUAAUAAAGCCGAUCCUCGGUUCCACAUAUAUUGGUCACAUUUAUCUUUCUGCUCCUCCAGUUCCUUCUGUGACAUCGAUCAAACGUUUCUAUAUCCAACCUUUUGCUCUAUUUCUUUCAACCGCGUAUACCGUGCCAUCCCGCUACCACUCCUACUAUAGUCAACCCCUCGGGGAUCCAGAUCCACCCAAGCAGAUAACUGUCGAGAGCACAUUUCAUAAACUAUCUCACAAAAUAAAUAAGUGGAAAAGCAAGAGAGACAACUCUACCUACUACCAUCAAUAAAAGAACAAAAAAUGGCUGACAAAGCCGGUGCUCCCCCAUCCUACCCACCACCCGUCCACCAAGAUGCAGGGCCCUAUCAACCCCAGCCAGGUCCAUAUGGCCAACCCCAAUCCGCCGCUGCAGACUACUACAACCAGCCCCAACAGUACGUCCAACCACAAGGGCAAUACUAUCCACCACAACAGGGUUACCAGCAACAACCUAUGUACUAUGCACCCCAGGGCGGGCCAUCGCCUCAAGGACAUUAUGUCGACAAUAGAGGUAGCAGUCGCGGAACGGGAGGCGGCCUCUGUGCCGGCCUGUUAGCCGGUUUGGCGUGUUGCUGCUGCUUGGAUAUUCUGUUUUAAACAUUUUCUUUUCUUUUCUUUUCUUUUUUUUUUCGUUUUUUCUUGUUUUUUUUUUCUUUCCUUGUUAAGCGAUGCAGAGACGAGAUGAGGAGAAACCCGGAUAGUAUACAUGUGUUAUGUAUUAUUCGGGGGGCCUGUUUUGUUGGUAUAUACUUCUGUUCGUCAGGAGAUUGUGCAUAGGGAGUGGUGCCUGAUCCAUAGAUGGAGUUUGCGGCAAGCCCUCCCGCCGUACUAUCAACAUUUCUUUUAUACUUCUUUUCCUUAUUUUCCUUAUCCUUAUUUUAUUUUUAAUUUUUGAUUUUUGAUUUGUUUCUAGGCGCAGAAAUGGCUCAUAUGCAACGAUUGUCCCUGCUUGUUUUAUUGCUAUUUAUUUUUACCGCUUGUUGUUCGUAUCUCUACUUCUCCAUGUAUACCAUACUCUGUACCUCUCAUGAAUACAAUUUUAUUUAAUAUGCUUUCAGGCCUCUUUUUUUUUCAUGUGACAGUGCUUCAUUUUCAUGAGUUAAUUGGGAUCCCUAGUGUAGUUCUUCUAUAUCUACGCUACCAAUAUAUCUAAUAUAUCUAGAACCUUUUACUUCCAGACACCGAAUUCAUUACCUCACGAGCAUUGCAUGAUUGGACAACCUUCACCUAUCCCUAUUGGUAUUUUCUGUGUUACCAACCAUUCUAGGGCAAGGAAUGCAGGUCUGUACAUAACCCGGCAAAGAGCGUCUUUUAACUAAUUGGUUGUUCCGGCAAUCAUAAUAGCUAUUUGUUUCAGUCAUCAUUCGUAACUUAACUCAGAUGUUAAUAAUGUCCAACUACUCCCCGUCCCGUACCCUGAUUUUUACGAUGGUUAAGAGCAAAAACAAUAAAAAUAAAAACCCAACAAAGAAAACAAAAUCAAGCAGAAGAAUUGCGCCAUAAAAUUCUAGAGGUUAUCAUAACUUCUCCAUCUCACUCUUCAUCACUUUGCCAACUGUCUUCACUCCCGGCAACGCCUCUAUCUUCCCAAUAUUCCCAGGAUCAUUAUCAAACCCCUUAAAGAUACUUUGCUAACCUCCCCAGCCUCCAAAAAUAUAGCACCACAGGUAUAUUCGCCCUUCUGAAUUAGAUCCACCAUGGAUGCGGCGCUGAGCUCCGGCCUCAGCAUCUGUGCCCUAUCAGACCAGAAGUAUGACAAUAAUUCUUCGUCGUUGUCCCAGAUAGGGGUGUCGGUGAUUCUUUUCAAAUUUCCCAGUCCAAGUUAGCUAGCAAUCAGGAACCGCAGAGAAAACAAGAAAAAAAAAAAAGAUUACCCCGGACAGAUCCCAACAACCUUAACCCUGCUCCGCUACCGCCAUGGAUUUCACAAACCCUACAAUUGCAUGAUUAGAUGCAGCAUAUAGCGGCUUACUCUAUAUACCUCAUCCAGCCCGGCAACGGAGGCUAUGAGCAGCACAACACCCUGCUUCUUCCGCCCGAGCAGCGCGCGCACCGCCAUACGCGUGAAUUUUAUCGGAUGAGAUAUGAGAUAUGUUGGUGUCCAGCGUUCCGUGGCGGUUUUCUUCCUGCUCGCUGUCGAGCCAGAAAUUGGAGCGGGGCUAGCCAUGGAUAUAUAACGCGAUGGAGGUGUGUAAAUAUAGGCUUUGGCUUGUCUUGCUGUUUUUUGUUCGUGAUGUAUUGUAUAUGAUUUUCCUCUCCGAUUUUCUCCUUUCUUUCCUUUCUCCAGAUUUUUCUUUUUGCGUCGGCAAAUUGGGACACAUUGGGACCGCCCACAUAAUAUGGAAUGAAUAAUGAAGGUAAAAUGGAGGAUAAGAAUGACCGUGUAAUGGGAAGAGAAGGGAAGGGGUACUAGACCGGCUCAAAGAUGGCGCCCCAUAUGGUUCAUAUACAUCUGGAAUAUCCCCAAAUAUCUCCCUCACUUUCUCGACCAGGUUUUGUAGCCCGUCCCAUUUCGUUACGUCGCAUGGUACAAUGCUAUGGAUACGGAAUGGCGCCCGGAAUCACCAUUCUUAUUAAGAUUAUUUUUGCCGGGAAACGAGCUUCUGAGCCUCUGCAUUAAGUCUUAGACCGCCGAUGAGCACUUUGGCGUUGAGGGAUAGUGCUUGUUUGACGAAGGAGAGGCCGAUUCCUUAAUUUCGCUCUAUCGAUUAGCUUGAGGGCUUUUUUCUUAUUUAUCCUUCGGGGGUUUAGGAAGUAAAUGUUAAAAAUACCUGA